AUGGGUCCCUCGCACACUGGCAUAAUUGGCAACGGACUAGCUGAUAGGGCUGCCAACGAAGCAAUUGCUUCACCCAGCUCGUUAAGAAUAAACAAAAUAACAUUUCAAGACGCACUCAUAAAAAUCAAUAAUCUAACUAAAAGACAUUGGCAAGACUUGGGAGGAGACUUCAAAGUUCAAAUACAAAUCAACUUAAAGAAAUCAAAACAUCAAUCGACCCACGGAAAACCCUCUCACCCUCAUCCAGGCACGAAGAAGAAGUUAUCACAAGGACUCGAUUGGACACUCCCGUCUAACACACUUGCACUUCAUAACAAAAGAAGACUGUCCGACCUGUGA